AUGGGCACCAGAGAGCGCGAGUCAUUCCUAGCUCCGUUUCGCUCCAGAGUAAUGCCCUACAAAUCGAUGCCUUUCAACUCUGUACAGACAGACUUUCGUGAGCCAGAUGCGAAACGAACGUUUCGAUUAAUCACUAAAAAUGACGUUCCAAUAUUCGUUAAUCCAGCACUAUUCGCCAUUCAUUCUGAUGAUUUUCGAGAAAAAUGGACGGAAGCGCUGAAAUCGAACCGUGAGGAAGUGGAUUAUAGAGAGUACAAGGUUUAUGAAAUGCUUACAAUUGUUCAGUCUGUAUGCCCAACUUUCUACAAUACAUACCCGAUAGCACCAAACAUUUAUGACGUUUCUUUCUUAAGUCAUGCGGCACAUAAACUCAGAAUACCUAACCUCCUUCGUGUCUGUGAACGAAACUAUCGACAUAACGAACCCUCUGCGACGCGCCUAAAAGUGCCAAGAAAGGAUGUGAUAUGCCACGCCAGAAGACGACUAACAGCCCUAUUUGAGAUUCUUGACGAGGAGGUGAUGCCGCAGUCGACGUGGUCUGCUCUGCUGUUCGGUUACUUCGAUGCGGCUUAUCGCUGCGGGAUGAAGAUCGAGCUGCAGACUCGUUUCUUAUGUGUUCUUUUGUGUAGAUCACUUCGAGGCUACGAUAGCGAUAAUGAGAUGUUUCGUUCGGAAACUGCAUCGCUCUUUCUUCGUGCGCUUAUUCAGCAUCGCUCACACUUCUUCGAUCAUUACGGAGCACAUGGCAUGUCAGAGAUCAAUCCGGAGAGUCCAAGUGAAUGUGACGAAUGUGUUAAACGCAGAUCACUGAAUUCGGUACGCAUUAAGGAAUCGAAAAAUCGCAACAGACGUCGUCAUCAGAAGGCUCGUUCUCUGGUGCUUUGUGCGGAAUGCGGCAGUGCCCUCUGUUCGAAAUGCAGACGAAUACCAUGCGCAGCGAAAGUCUCUGAUUUCUUAAGUCUCAACCAGCUGUCCGAUGAGAGCCGUUCGGAUCACUCCUAA